AUGCCGGGGUGGCAGAAUGCGCUGUGGACAUACUGGAUGCUGUUGACCGCUUGGAGAGGUUUCGCUAACGCCGACUUGCGUUGCGGAUUUUGCGCCCCCCGGGGGGCCGGGCAGCCCCUGUCUCUGGGCACUCAGGAGGGUCGGGGGAGCCGGUGGCGACGAGGACUUGUGGAAGAGUUCCCUCCCGGGAAGGGAGACCCCGUCCCCGACCCCGACCCCGAGGAGGGGACCUGGACCGACACCCGCCGGGAGGAGGUGACGCUGACCAGUACCAUCUUCGCCCUCUCCGGGGACUCCGCACAUAACCAGGCCAUGGUGCACUGGUCCGGCCAGAACAGCAGCGUGAUCCUGAUUCUCACCAAGCUGUACGACUACAACCUCGGGAGCGUGACGGAGAGCUCACUGUGGAGGUCAACUGACUAUGGAACGACUUACGAGAAGCUCAAUGACAAAGUGGGUCUGAAAACCGUGCUGAGUUACCUUUACGUCUGCCCCACCAACAAGAGGAAGAUCAUGCUGGUGAGUGACCCUGAGAUGGAGAGCAGCGUGCUGAUCAGCUCUGACGAAGGAGCUACCUAUCAGAAGUACCGGCUGGGUUUCCUGAUCCAGAGCAUGCUCUUCCACCCUCACCAGGAGGACUGGAUCCUUGCCUUCGGACAAGACCAGAAGUUGUACAGUUCCAAUGAUUUUGGACGGAGAUGGCAGCUGGUGCUUGAGAGAAUCACUCCCAAUCGCUUCUACUGGUCGGUAACGGGCUUAGACAAGUAUCCAGACCUCGUGCACAUUGAGGCGAGGGACGCAGAAGGACACGCCAUGUAUAUCACAUGCAGAAUACACAACUGUACGGGGGCCACCAGCAACAAACUUUUCCCAGGUCACAUCGACCACAACUCCUUGGUGGUACAGGAUGACUACGUGUUUGCACAGGUGACGUCUGGAGGUCGGGUGAGCUACUACGUGUCGUAUCAAAGAGGGAGCUUCGCGGAAAUGAAACUCCCAAAAUACUCAUUGCCGAAGGACAUGCACAUCAUCAGCACGGAUGAGAAGCAGGUGUUUUCUGCAGUGCAGGAAUGGAACCAGAACGACACCUAUAACCUGUACGUGUCGGAGGCCCAGGGUGUGUACUUCACUCUGGCCCUGGAGAAUGUCAAGAGCAGCCGCGGCCCUGAGGGCAACGUGAUGAUCGACUUGUACGAGGUAGCAGGGAUAAAGGGAAUGUUCUUAGUGAACAAGAAGGUAGAAAACCAAGUGAAGACAUUCAUCACUUACAACAAAGGCCGUGACUGGCGACUGCUUGGAGCUCCAUCCACUGACGUGCGAGGCAAUGACAUUCACUGUCUCCUGCCUUAUUGCUCGUUGAAUCUGCACUUGAAGGUGGCACAGAAUCCAUACACGUCAGGAAACAUCGCCAGCAAGGAAUCAGCACCUGGUAUCAUUGUGGCUUCAGGUAACAUCGGGCCCGAGCUGUUAGUGGAUGAGGAAGAGCGUGCCAGCAGCAUGUUCAUCUCGUCCGACGGGGGAAAUAGCUGGAGGCAGGUGUUUGAAGAGGAACACAGCAUCCUGUUCCUGGACCAAGGGGGAGCCCUGGUGGCCAUUAAACACACGCCUCAGCCCAUCAAGCACAUGUGGCUUAGCUUCGAUGCAGGAAAUUCCUGGAGCAAGUACAGCUUCACGUCGGUGCCUCUGUUUGUGGACGGCAUGUUGGGGGAGCCCGGAGAGGACACCCUCGUCAUGACAGUGUUCGGGCACUUGAGCCAUCGCUCGGACUGGCAGCUGGUGAAGGUUGACUACAGGUCCAUCUUCAGCAGGAGAUGCACUGAGAAGGACCUCCAGGCGUGGGAGCUCCACAAUCAGGGUGAGGCUUGCAUUAUGGGAGAGAAUCGUGUAUACCGACGGCGGAAGCCAACAGCGCAGUGCAUACUGAGAAAGAAAUACAUCGGUGCCUACACAUCGGUUCCCUGUACCUGCACGGACUCGGACUUCGAGUGUGAUUACGGAUAUGAGCGCCACACUGAUGGGCGAUGUUUACCUGCCUUUUGGUACAAUCCGUCUUACGUGGUGAAAGAAUGCAGCCUGGGGAAGAGCUAUCUCAACAGCACGGGCUACAGGAAGGUGGGCUCCAAUAACUGCACGGAGGGUGUGAGGGAGCAGUACACAGCCAAACACCAGCAGUGCCCCAGAAAACCCCCCCGUGGCCUUCACCUGGUCACCAGCGAUGGCAGCCUGGCCACCGAGCUCACCCGCAAUGUGACUUUCAUCGUCCACCUGGAGGAGGGAGACGCCCCGAGGACCAGCCUGCGGAUGGACUUUGGUGACGGCACCGCGGUGACCUAUGCCAAUCUCAGCUCGGUGGAGGGAGGCAUCCAGCACACUUACAAACAUGGAGGCGUCUUCCGAGUGGUGGCCAAAGCCCAGAAUAGCCUGGGCUCGAACCGCGGCAUCCUGUUCCUGCAUAUCACGUGUCCCGUCGAGCACGUGCACCUGACGCUCCCCUACGUGGCCAUAACCAACCAGCCGGUCAACCUGACAGUGGUGGUGUGGCCCAGCAAACUGGGCACCCUCACUUACUACUGGUGGCUCGAGAACAAGACCGAGCCUGUGGUCACCCUGGAGGAGAAUGUCUCCUUCACCUUCACCAGGGAGGGAAUGAGUAGCGUCACAGUACAGGUGUCCUCGGGCAACUCCAUCCUGCAGGACGUCAAGAGCAUCGCCGUGUUUGAUUAUUAUCGCUCGCUGCUGUUGUCAUUUUCACCAAACUUGGAAGAUUACAAUCCCGACAUCCCCGAAUGGAGACAGGAUCUCAGUAAAGUGAUCAAGAGAACGCUGGCUCGGGUCACCGGUUUGCCUGAGGAGCAGAUGUUGGCAGCUGUGCUCCCUGGUCUUCCCACUGCCGCCGAGCUCCACCUCCUGCCACACAGGGAAGACCCAGAGCACAGGAGGAGCAGCGCGGAUCUGGAUCAGAUUUGCGACAUGGUGAUCAGCAUGUUAAAUCAGAACCAGGUGCAGUUUGAACUGAAACCCGGCAUUCAAGUCAUCAUUUCCACCGCUCAUCUCACACUAGCGCCGCUGGUGGACUCCAGCCCAGGACACAGUGGCUCUGCCCUGCUGAUGCUGCUGUCCUUGGCCUUCGUGGGCCUGGCUGUGUUUGUCAUUUACAAGUUUAAAAGGAAGAUACCGGGCAUUAAUGUUUAUGCCCAGGUGCACAAUGAGAAGGAAGAGGAGAUGAUAAACGCAGACACUCAAAUUGAGGUCAUUCCCACCGUCACCCAAAGAGAUUUAAUAACCUGCCCAGAGGAGUUCACUGAUGCUGAGGUUGACAAACUGCACUUAGGAAACAACCCGACCGUAUCUGAAACUGAGAGCACAAAAGAGAUCCCCAGCUACGUUUAAACCCUUUGGACUCCUGAAUCCACAUUGGAGUUGGACUUUUCUACUGUACGUCACACAAGGUUUUAGCUUUAAAACUGCAUGUGGAUGGUGAUGACACAGAUUGCUUAUUGUAACUAUUUGGAUAAGAUUCCGAAGAGAUUGUUUUUUCUAUUCCUUUAAAAAAAAAAGAGAGAAACGAUGACAUUUUUAAAAAAAAAAGAACG